AUACAACUUCGAAAAGAAAAAAACCAAAUUCCCAAUGCAGAAUAAAUAGCUUAACUCGAGGCGUAAAAUUUAAAUUUAGAAGCAAAAUCCCAAAAACGCUUAAAUCCUUCCACGGCGGAGCUCCGGCGCCGACGACGGCCCGUGGUGGUGCGCGCGGUUUUACCGGGAUACUCUUUCGGAAAAGGUGUAAACAUCAAUUCGCUUCAAAGUUUCACAAUCACGAGCCCUAGCUGAGAUGAAUCACAGCAACAAGAAGAAGAAGAGCAGAAACGAACCGCAUGAAUUCGAGUUCUGCGAGGUCUGUAAAUUGAACCACAACCACGGCCGCCGCCACAAUUAUUUGCCAAGCCACAAAAAUUCACUCUCCAGCCUCCUCGCGCGCUUCCAAUCGAAGCUCUCCGACGUCAAAUUCUUCCUCAAAACUCCGAUGCCGAUCCUUCCGGAGCUCGCGCACCAGAAUCGCCUCUGGUGCGUGUUCUGCAAUUGCGACAUUGUUGAGCUCGAUAGCCAAUUCGCUUGUAGCAAUGCGGUCGAGCAUUUGGCUGGUGAGGAACACUGGAAGAGAGUGAAGGGGUUUAUGUGGAAAUAUGGAGGUGGAAUGGACCGUGUUGAUUUGUUUCGCAUUUCUGAGGCUGAUUACGCCAAGUGGGAGAAGAAGUGCAAGACAUUGAAGAUGGAAGCUGCUAAAACACAAUCGGUCGGAACAUUGAAUGAUAUCCACAAUAAACAUAAUGCUGAAUUUGUUAAUAGUUCAUGCAACAAUAACUUCGAUGCUCUUAAUUCUUGCAUUCCAAAUUAUGUUGUACCUUUACAUAGCUAUACGGAUGAGAGAACUCCAUUGUCCAGUUCGGUGUUAUCUUCUUCUGUCUCAAAUACUGGCCCUUCAUUAUAUAAUAUAUCUGGAGACAAAGAUGCCCAAUACUUGAAGAAUUCAACAGGUUAUGUUGAUAAUCAGCACUUCUCCAAUUCUCUUACUAGGGAAGGCUCAUCUUAUGAUUAUUCCAGCAAUGGAUCUGUAUAUUCAGGAGUAGGAGUAGGUAAUGGAGAGAUAUCACCAGGCUUGGUGCAUUUGACGCAAGUUUCUUCUACAUCUAAAGUGGCUUUGGAAGGAAAUGUCCACACUGGAGCACCUCCACCGUGGCUUGAUGCAACAAAAGGAGAUAAACUCAAUCCUGCAUGGAAACCAGAAUCAAGGGACCCUGUUUCUUCCAGAGCAGGGAAGUCGAAGCUGAACCCAAAACGUGUUGGAGCUGCGUGGGCAGAGAGAAGGAAACUUGAGUUGGAGAUGGAGAGGAGAGGGGAACAUGUUAAUAGCAACUUUGAUGCUAAUUGGCUCCCCAAUUUUGGUAGAGUGUGGCAGUCUGGCACAAGAAAAGAUUCUAGAAAAGAAUUCCAAACGGAGAAUAAAGCAGCCCCGGAGGCUGAUGAUCAAUCGGAGGCACCAGUGCUAGUACAGCCUUACAUCAGCAAACGAAUGCGGAAGGAUGCAGCAAAUGACAAGCAUGUCUCACAGUGAAGCACACUGCCACGACGACCUGCUUCUCGAUCCCCGGCUCUAGUUAAAUUUUGUCUGUAUAGUAUUAAUAGGCAGAUGAGAAAUCAAAAGUUUAAUGGCAUAACAGCUGAUGUUGAAUGCCAUUACUCAAUCAAGCAUUGUUUGGUGUUUUGUUAGCCCUAUGAUAGCCAAUGAAAUGAGUUCGAAAAUUUGAUUUUACCAA